AUGGCACCACAGCCGACCAUCAAUGCGGAGCUUGAAAGGGCUAUCGAGGCUGCGAAAGAGUCCUUCUCGCGUCUUCCAGAUGGGGAUGAGAUCUUUCAGAAAUGCAAGACUGGACAGCUUUCUAUUCUCGACGUCGUCAAGGCUGCCCAAGGAUCAUUUAGGAACAAAAAAUCGACCGAGCGGCUGGAAAGCCUAGAGAAACACGUUGCGUGGCUCCAAGGCCUUUCAAGUGUCAUUGACGCCGCCGUUCAGACGAAAGCCGAUUUAAUGUGCCCCGUAUGGGCGCCCAUUAAGUUUGUUUUGAAGGUCUCCAAUGACCAUUCCCGCACAACGGACCAAAUCCUCCUGAUGCUCGACACCAUAGUAGAAGGCAUGGGCCACGCUAGCUUGUACAAGGAUCUUGAGUCGGAUGCAGACAUCGACACUGCCCUGUUGGCCCUCUUCAAGGAUGUUGUUGAUUAUUGCAUUCAAGCCACGGAGUUCUUUGGGCGGUCGUCAUUUAAGCGACUUGCAAGUAUGUUAGCCAAGCCAUACAAGUACGGGUUCUCCCAGAUGCGAGAUAGGAUUCGAGAGCAUACCACACAUUUGCACCGUCUCGUCAUAGAGAAAGAAGCCAUCCGUGCGGCACAGGCUAGAGAGGAAGAUCGAAAAUUCCGCUGCCAGACGUGGCUCCGGCCGUGCAGCAUGAACAAAGUCCACGAGAGACACAUCAGAACUCGAAUCUCCGGCACAUGCGAAUGGAUACAGAGCAAUCAAAUCUUCUUGGAUUGGAAAACCACACCCUCUACAACGGCCUCGGAGAACAUGCUCUGUAUCUCUGGUGUUCACGGGUGUGGGAAAUCCGUACUUGCUUCUGCAAUUUUCGAAGGCCUGAAGGCGGAGAGGCAUAACGCCAUACUCUUCUCGUUCUCCACCACCGACGCGGACAGGCAGACUAAGGAUUCUGUUGCACGCUUUCUGUUAUCACGCCUGCUUAGCCGAGGUCUCCGAGAGUCAGUCCACAGCAUCCACGCCAUGCUCAGUGACGAGGAACACCCAAGCACCCCGCAGUUGUGGGAACUCCUCCAAGAUUUAGUGCGGCAAGAAACGCAACCCACUUUCUACAUUUUCGAUGGCUUAGACGAGGCCUCAGACGAUCGUCAAGACAUUGUCGAUGGUAUGCUCAAAAUUCUUGAGCAGUGUCUGGAGAGCAAAUGUCUUUUUCUUGGGCGACCGCAAGCAUUCGACAAUAUCCCGGAGCUGGCAACCUCAUGCAGUCGACGGAUUGAAAUGAAUCAGACCCUCACGCAGCCUGAUAUUGAGGUUUUCAUUGACACGAACAUCAAGAAACUCGACACUCUUCAGAGCCAAGGUCUGCGCGCCCACGCAUCUGAGAUCUUGAAGAGAAAUUGCGGGAUAAGCACGAUAUCAUGGAAAAACUUGGAAAUCUUCCACGAGACUUGGAAGCAGCAUAUCAACAGAUCUUCUCACGCCUGA